UUUUUCUCUUCGUGGCUUAAAGCCUCCCCUCUAUCGCCAUAUUGGGCACCGAAAAGCCUCCUGUUAUUUCUUCCUUUUACUACGACGCUGAAGUUGACAGGGCUGGCUGUCGUGAGUGCAUUUUGUUUUGAUGCUCGCUCUCUCUCUCUCUCUCUCUCUCUCUCUCUCGCGCGCACACACACACACACACACACACACACAGACUCUCUCUCUGCUCGGGGGGUUUAAAGUGUGUCUCCUGCGUGGCACGCGCGCGUUCGGUGCCACUGGGGUUUUGACGCCUGUUGUUUUGGUUCUGGACGAAACUGGACUUUCUGAUUAAUAUUUAUAUAUAAACCAACAUUUCGGUGGAGUGUGUGUCUGCGUGUAAUAUUUAAAAAUCCAUAAGAAGCUUUAAGAACGAUGUCUAACGUGCGCGUGUCGAACGGGAGCCCGACCCUGGAGCGGAUGGACGCUACGCGGCUGUCGGAUCAGACGCCCAAACCGUCAGCGUGCAGGUCUCUGUUCGGUCCGGUGGAUCACGAGGAGUUAAAGAGGGAGUUAACGGGCCACCUGAAGGCGAUGGAAGAGGCGGCGGCCGAGACGUGGGGCUUUAACUUCUCCACACACACACCGCGGCCCAACGCCAGGUUCAUCUGGAAGCUGGUGGACAGCGAGGACUUACCGAGAUUCUACAGCGCGUCUGAACAGAGCAAAGGUGUGUGUGUGUGCGGGAAUAACGACGUGGAUCUAAACGGGAACUGUGGACUAACAACCAGCAGCGAGGAGAAAGAGGACAGGUCUGAAAAACAAGCCGACAGGACGGACAGGAGAAAAAGACCUGCGUGUGUCGACUCGUCGUGUCCCAGUAAACGCUCGCGCACCUGUUUAGAUGAAACUCCUCACACGCCGAAGAAAUGCAGUCCGCCUAGACACACGUGAACACGUGAAGAGCUGAAGAUGUUCGCUCCCUCCUGACGGCGUCAGUGCUUGGCAAACAAAAAAAUCACUGCGUGAAGAAGGAUAGGAAAGGAAAAGCUUGUCAGCUCAAAUAGUGGGGAGAAAAGGACAAGCACUGAAACAAACAUUGUGGCACUAAAAAAAAAAUCAACUGCCUCAAAAGCAGUCUAUGUAGCAGUGUGCAAUUAGGUUUAAUCUCCUUUUUUGCUCAUUCUUAUUUUCUUACUACCUGUGUACAUAUUUUCUUUUUGUAUGUAGCACAUAAUACAUAUGACAUUGGGGUUUUUUCCUUUUCAGUCUUGGACUUGGGUGAAUUCCAAUUGACUGGAAGAGCUGCAAUUUAAGGGUUUUCAACAAAAA